UGAUCCUCACUUAUCUUGAUUAAAACUCAUUAGGGUGUGUUCACACAGGCAGUUUUUUUUAUAUUAAAAAACACCUGACCAGAGCGAUUUUUUACCAACUAAAAAACUGACAGGUUUUUUUUGUCUAGUUCAUUCGAGAGCACAAUGUUAUAGAGCACAUACGUUGCAAAUCGGUUACAGUAUCAAAGUGGUUUGAGUACGCUACUUGUAUCAGUGUCAACUAGAUACAAUGUCGAGGAAGAGAAAAUUAGCCCUUAUUUUGACGUUAGAUGCCAACGACGAGGAGAACGACGAACCUUCCCGUUUGUGGGUGCAUGAUAUAAACCUGGGACGGCAGCAGUAGGCUACAGUGCAUUUCAUAGUUUGAUACAAGAGCUACGGUUUGAUAAUGCACGGUUCGGUGCGGAUUUCAGACUCGACAAGAGUCAAUUUGAAACCCUUUUGCACAUCGUUGCGUCUUCAAUAAUAAAGCAAGACGCCCACAUGAGGCAAGCCAUAUUAUUUAAACAAUACGUGUUUUGAGGACGUUCCUAGUGACGUAAGUUCUCGGUCAGCUGUCAAAAAACUGCCUGACGUCGGGUGCUUUUUCUUGACGGGUUGAACUUUUUCCAACUUGAAAACCACCAAGAGCAGGGAAAAACCCGCUGGCAGCGGUGUUUUUAAAAGACCCCAGGAUUUUUUUUACAAAAACACUCUGUAUCAUAGGACUAUAAUGUAAAACAUCCACUCACACUGAAAAAAAAACUGCCUGUGUGACUGUGAACACACCCUUAUUAUACCUUAUUAUUAUAACUCUUCAUGUUCCUUCUUGUCUCCUUCAGGCUGGAGUCCUUUGUCUUAUAUAUAUAUCUGUGUUUCUUUAUUAUAACAUGUUCCUUCACGUCUCCUCCAGGCCGGAGUCCUGUCUGGAUCAUUCCGAUUCAGACGCUCAUGAAUUCGUAACAUUCAGACCAUCGUCUCUUCCAGAGCAGCACUAUGACCCCAGCACCUCGGAGCCGGUCAGCAGCGGCCUGCGGACGCUCUCUGAGCUGCUGUCUUGGGGGCGGGGGUCUGCCAGCCCCCUGGACGUGGCCACCGUACCUCUCGCUGCACGGGACCCCCCGCUGGCGACCAGCGCCCACCGCACCCUGGUGUCACAUGACAUGAUGGGGGGUUACCUUGACGACAGGUUCGUCCAGGGGACGGAGUCGGAGGCGCCCUAUGCCUUCUACCACUGGCAGCACAUCGACAUCUUCAACUACUUCACCCACAACCUGGUGACCGUCCCGCCGGCCGUGUGGAUCAACGCGGCUCAUCGGCACGGGGUCCUGGUGAUGGGGACGUUCAUCACUGAGUGGACGGAAGGCGCCGCGGUGUGCGAGGCGUUCCUCACGGAUGAAGAGUCGUACCGGCAGGUCGCCGACCGGCUGGUUCAGAUCAGCCACUACCACGGCUUCGACGGCUGGCUGGUGAACAUCGAGAACAGCCUCAGUGAAGGGGCUGUGAGGAACACGCCUCUCUUCCUGCGCUACCUGACGGACCAGAUGCACCUGCGGCGGCCCGGCAGCCUGGUGAUCUGGUACGACAGCGUGCUGGAGGACGGGAAGCUGGAGUGGCAGAACGAGCUGAACGCGCGCAACAGGAUGUUUUUUGAUGCCUGUGACGGUUUGUUCACCAACUACAACUGGACGGAGAGCAGCCUAGAGGCCAUGGGCUCCAUGGCUGCUGAGGGUGCCGCCCUCGGGGGCCGGCGGGCCGACGUUUACGUGGGGGUUGACGUCUUCGCCAGGGGGGAGGUGGUCGGGGGCAUGCUGGACACCCACAAGGCGCUAAAACUCAUUCGGAAACACAACUUCUCAGCGGCCAUCUUCGCCCCAGGCUGGGUGUACGAGACUAUUCCUGAUAAGACCAGCUUCCGCCUCCACCAGGACAAGUUCUGGGCGCUGCUGUCGGACUGGCUGGAGCCCCAUCGUUCCACCACAACGCUCCCAUUCGUCUCAUCCUUCUGUCAGGGCUUUGGGAAGGCCCUCUACUGGAGGGGCCAGCUGGAGAAGAGGGGCGGCUGGUUCAACCUCAGUGCCCAGGAGCUGCAGCCGCUGUACGGCCAGGAGGCCCUGAGGGCGAGGGCCCCCCCGGAGGAGGAGGGCGGGGGGCUGAGGGCGAGGGGCUGCCCGGAGGAGGCCUGGAGCGGGGGCAGCUCCCUACUACUGGAGGGGCAGCUGGCUGCCGCCGAGCCCCCUGGGGUCGGGUUCAGGGUCUUCUCCCUUCAGCUCCCUCUCGCCCCCGUCUCCCUGGUGACGCUGGUCUUCAAGUCUUCAGCCGGAGUCAGCGUCUCACCGGAGUUACGCUGGAUUAAAGACAAAACCAUAGAGGUCACAGGUCGCCCUGCGGCCCUGGAGGACUCGGACCCCGUGGUCAGGACCCUGGACCGGCUCAGCGGAGGCUGGGGCCGCGGCGGAUGGACCGUCCGGUGCUACCGUCUGGAGCUCCAGGACUGUGAGCUGAGAGAGGUCCUGGUCUGGGUGCAGCGGGAGCAGCCCCACGACGUGGCCUUCUCCUGCCGCCUGGGGGAGGUGAUGGUCCUGGACCAGGCCGGCCUUCAGGCCCCCCGCGAGGCGGUCCAGGGGGUCUGCAUCGAGGACGUGGUGUGGUGCCGGGCCCCCGGCGGCCCCUCGGACCCCGGCGCCCUGCGCCUCAGCGCCACGCUGCGCUGGAGCUUCCCCCCCCGGCUCUGGCGCUACUUCCGCCUGUCGUGGCGGCGGCUGAGGGGCCCGGGGCCCCGCGCCCAGGCCGGGCCCCCGGUGCCGCUGGGCCGGGCGUACUCCACCCUGUUCCGCCUGACGGAGCUGGAGGUCCCGGGGCCCCCCGCCAGGGUGGAGCUGAGGGUGGAACCCGUCCUGAAGGAGGGCCUCCUGGUCCCGGAGGCCCUCUGGGGCCGGAGGAGCCUGAGCUACUCAGGACCAGUGGAGACCAGUGGGGACCAGUAGAGACCGAGACCAGUGGAGACCAGUAGAGACCAAGACCAGUGGAGACCAAGACCAGUGGAGACCAAGACCAGUAGAGACCAAGUGGAAACCAAGACCAGUAGAGACCGAUGCCAGUGGAGACCAGUGGAGACCAGUGGAGACCAAGACCAGAAGAGACCAGUGGAGACACUGGAGACCAGUAGAGACCAAGACCAGUGGAGACACUGGAGACCAGUAGAGACCAGUAGAGAUCCUCUAACCUGAGCUACUCAGGACCAGUUGAGACCAGUAGACACAAGUGGAGACCAGUAGACGUCCAACCCGACCUGGAGGACCAGUGGAUAAUGAACCCAGCCCCAGAAGAGGACGGUUCAGGGACACCUUGAACCCUAACCCUGAUGAAGACCUCCUC